UCCUUUACUACUAGUUCGUUCCAUUCCACUCCAUUCGGGCCAGAACUCCACUUGUCGUCAUGAAGACAACACUUCUACUUUUUCUGGCAGUAUCGCUGUCACAUUGUCAAGUACCUUUAACACUGAUAAGAUCUCGAGUAACAAAAUUUGUCAACGCCAGUAACAUAAGCAAAGACUGUGCUGCAGAUUUGUCUCUCCUAAUUUCAGACCUAUUUGAUCAGAAAAUGUGGGCAAUGAAAAUGUUGGACUCCACCAGUAAACUAAACGCCGGUAUAUUAAACGCAAAUGUGCAUUUCAUCGGUGAUUACGACAUGUGCUUAUCAAUUAAAGAAGAGACACAGACAAGAACUGUCGAAGGGCAAUACUGCACAGCUGUUGUAAUGUUGGACGAGAAGUUUCUUAGCACAAUUAAGCAUUUGCUAAAAUUGGAAAAAAUAGACAAAAUGAUCACUGGAAUAGUAGCCGUGGAAGAGGUGAUAAACCCGCGAAAAGUGGCUGGUGUUAUAGGAAUUUGUGCACCAAAAACUUGUAGGGCGGGCGACCUAGAAACUCUGGCACAAGACGCAGAAAGAAAAUUUAAUCUAUCAGCACAUCUAUAUUUUCGCGAGGAGCUGUGCAUCCACAAAAAUCAGCCGACUAAAAUCAACAAACUAGAUUUAAUCAUAUACUGUGGUAUAAUAAUCAUGGGUUUUGUACUGGUUGGAAGCACCAUCUACGAUGUUUAUUUUCAGGGUUCCGGCGUUUUUAGAAUUUUUUCCAUGUACACCAACUUGAAGAAACUUUUGCAUCAAAGCAAUCACAGAAAGUUGAGCUGUGUGAGUGGAAUAAAAGUGUUGAGUUGUUUCUGGGUUUUAUUGGGGCAUACGACCCUGCUAGCCAUCGCAAUAGCAAAGAAUGUGGUUUACAAUGUGGCAGAGUGGAGGUAUGAGCCCGUUAAUACCUUUGCUUGGGCUGGCCACUACUCCGUUGAUUCAUUUUUUAUGGUUAGCGGACUACUACUAAGUUACACAUUCCUGAAGAAUUCACGAAAGGUGUCAAUGAGCUUAAUCGAAUUCUAUUUUAAAAGACUGAGCAGACUCAUGCCAACCAUGGUGGUUAUAAUUCUCAUCAUAGCAAGUGUGUUAAAGCUUUGCAUAGACGGACCCUACGGACCUGUGUUGUUGCAGGUCUUCAUCGAAAACUGCUACGGCGAUUGGCCUAGUAUACUAUUUUUCACUUUUAAUUUUAUGAGAGACCCCAAGUGUGGCAUCAACCACCUGUGGUAUUUGUCGAGUGACACCCAAUUAUACUUUCUCGCUCCUGUAUUCUUAUUCUUCAUCAUAAAACACCCCAGAAAGGUUAUCGCAGGUAUGAGUGCGAUGUUCCUCUUCUCCGUUGGCUACAGUGUCGCUGUUACGUUCAUGAAGAAUCUUGGGUUCACAUUCUACGAUUGGAGUGAAGAUUAUGGCAAUUAUUUUAUAUUUUCGACAACUCAUCGUCUACCGUCUUGGUUAAUAGGGGUCUUCUGUGGUUAUCUACUCCAGUUUGAAAACGUCAAAAUUCCGAAAAAAUUGAACAUUUGUCUUUUGUUUUUAUCGUUUUUGUCUAUGAUACUGCUAGUGGUGAGUCAGUUAUCGCUUCUAGACGGAGAAUAUAACGUUUAUCGUGUCGCUGUCUGGACCGGUUUAGCCCGGCCAGUGUGGUCUUUAGCCGUGGCUUACGUAGUAUUUAGCUGUGCGACUGGACACGGAGGAAUAAUCAACACUUUUCUUUCCCAUUAUGUGUUCCGAGUUUUAAGCGAACUUACACUUAGCAUUUACUUGCUACAUAUUCCAGUCAUUACGGUCCUUAUCGGCAACAAUAGACAGACUUUGUUUUUCAACAAUCGCCAAGUUCUACUUUGUUUUGUUGAAGUGUGCAUGUAUUGUUUACCCCUAUCUCUACUUGCGUAUCUUGCAUUUGAGGCAUCGUUUUCGUCCUUGAAAGAUUAUAGGUCGAAUCAACAAAAAGACAGAAAAGACUAACUAAAAAUGCUGGUUUCCAGCACAACUUUUUAAAUGGGGCAUCGAGACACCAUUGAC